CUCUCUUUCGCGAGAGACCGCGAGGACGUUAGCGGUAAGCGCGACUGUUUACCACGCGUCAUUUGAGUCGCGCAAAAGUCCCAGGUAGAAGAUGUUGGAGAUAACGUGCAACGAUCGUCUCGGCAAGAAGGUCCGAGUGAAAUGUAACCCGGACGACACUAUAGGCGACCUGAAAAAAUUGAUAGCCGCCCAGACCGGAACGCACUGGGAGAAGAUCGUCCUGAAGAAGUGGUACACCAUUUUCAAGGACCACAUAAAGUUGCAGGACUAUGAAAUACACGACGGUAUGAACUUGGAGCUCUACUAUCAAUAAAUGUAUAUAAAAUAAUGUUACGUGUAAGCAUUUUUUUAAAUGUAACGUCAUAAUUAUUAAACUUUACUUUCUUUUUUAUAUUUAAGUGUAAUGUACAUAUUAUAGUAUAAGAAUAAAAGGUUGAAUAUACAAUUAAA